AUGGAUAUUCUCAAACACCUGCUGUUUCCAGGCACUGCGCUGGGGGCCCUAAUCCACCAUCUAUUUAAUCCUACGGCCUCUCAAGGUUUGGGAGGCCAGGGGAGCUCAGUAGCUUGCCCAAAGCCGCGUGCUGACAAGUCGAAGAAUGCGGAUUUGCACGCAGGAAAAGCCAAGAGAACCAUCGAGAUCGCAGCCCCAACACCACCGAGCACCAGGCCCACCCGCUUUCAGCUGUUUGUAAAAUCGUCGAAUCCCCCUCCCUGGACUGCAAAUUACCGCCUAGAGGCGGGGAGAGGGUGUGGAUGUUGGGCCUGGAGGUCGGUCAAGGUUAGACGGCGGGAUCCGGGUAGCAGGGCUGUGGCCGACGCGCGCCACAGCGGAAGGCGGCGAGGAGAAAGCCAGCGCGGGGAUCCCACAGCUCCUCCCGGCACCUGCAGUCUUGGCGCCUUUUCUGUCCGACCACGCCCCGCCCCGCCCCGCCCCGCCCCUCCUCGCACACUAGCGGAGGGUCCUAGUGCCGAGCGUCAGCUUCGGCCUUUGGCGGCUCUGGCGGCAGCGGCCGGAGGGGGUGUCUGUGUAAGUGACGCGGCGAAGCUAGAAUCUCGCCGGCCCUCCUGGCUUCUCCUCAGCCGGCAGGGCGGGGCCGCACGGGAGACCUCUGGGUGCUGUCCAGCAGCGUCCGGGAGCCGCAGGGGGCGCGGGGAGGCUGCGGCGACUUCUAAGAGGGGCGGGCGGUAUGGAGCGGGGUCCGUGUGCGGGUCUGGAAGGGGCCGCGGCGGCGCGGGGAGCGGGCUGCAGGUGCAGCGAGGUGGAGCCGCUGUGCGGAGAAAGGCUGUCCUCGCUGCCUUUCUGCGCCUUGUCUCGGUCGCGGAGCGGCGAAUGGUUUCUCCGUGAGGGCACUGAGGGCGAGAUGAGGGGUACCCCACUGUCGCUCUCACCCCGCCAUUCUGCUUCCGGUCCUCAGGCCCACCCGGAUCCCUUGUCCUCACUAGCUCGUCCUUAAAAGAUGCGGGACCUCGUGGACAACCCUAGGCCGCGGGCGCGGGAGUGCGAGCCACGCUGCCGCAGCGUAGACCCGCUCUGCUGGGAGCACGUGGCCGCUCCGGGAAGUGUCCGCAGGGAAUUGCUGUAGGGGUGCAUGGGUGACCUUGAGCUUGUAGCCCUUCGCUCUCGGGGCCUACGCGGGCCCUGGUCUCACUGCUGAAAGGGACGGAGCUGUCCUCGACUUGGUUACUAGUGUGUCCUGGGAAUUUGAUGGGAGUUUCUGUAAGCCGUGCGUUUGAACUCUGGUACGUCCUGAUCUUCAGCGUUGCCGCUGGCCUUGUGUGUGGGUUCUCCGUUUUCCCCAGGCAGAAGCCCCCUGAACUCCGCAGGUAUUGACUCGAAGAUUAUUCUGAUUGCUAGGCUCUCCUUGUUGUAAGGUGGGAGACGCAGAAAUAAUCUGACUUACACUUUGUGAAA